AAGGCUCCUGAACUGAUUAACUUCCUUUAUGAGAUAUCUGUAGGACAUUUACUCUUUAAAAGACAUAUAGCUUCCUGGUUUAGAUCAUUAAACGCAUGAUUAAAAAUGUCAGAUAGGAGAAAAAGAGAACGGGAAGAAAACGAGCAAGCUGGAUUUAUUGAAAGACAUGACGCGGAUCAAGAAACACUUUCUGGGUUCGACUAUCCUUCAGACGAAAUAAAACUCCACUGUAAAGCGAUGUAUGAAGCUGCAAAAGCUGUUCAUAAAUUCGAAGAGAAAGUCCAUGAGAAACAGAGGAAGUCUAAGAGUAAACACCUUGAAAAAUAUAAAACUAAAUAUACAGAUAAUCUAGAAGCACUUAAGACUGAAAUGUCUUUCAUAGAUAAUAUACGAAACAAGAAAAAGCGAAAAAUAGAAAGGACUACAUCAGUUAUUGAAAAGCAAAGAUCACUACAUUGCUCACAAUGUGAAUUGAAAGACCGUGAGAUAAACUCUCUGAAGCUGAAACUAGAAAGCACUAAGCAAAGUCAUAGUUCUAACAGAGAGGUCCAUCUACAAUAUGAGCGACAAAUUGCAACACUCAAAGAACAUCUUAGACAGGAAACUAAAGCAAAGGAAGACUAUACCAAACAGCUGACUACAAUGAUGAAUACGCAUGUUCAUAAAGAUGUCAUAGAUGAUUUAGAACAAGAAAUGGCAGUUCUUAAGAAGGAAAAUCACGACCUACGUCAACAGUGUGGGAAUGAAAAAGACGGAAAGGAUGAAGCCCUGCAAAGUAACAAGCAAAGUCAAGGUUCUAACAGAGAGACCCACCUGCAAUAUGAGCAAGAAAAUGCCACACUCAAAGAACAUCUUAGAAAGGAAGCUACAGCAAAGGAAGACUGUAUCAAACAGCUGACUACAAUGAUGAAUACGCAUGUUCAUAAAGAUGUCGUAGACAAUUUAGAACAAGAAAUGGCAGUUCUUAAGAAGGAAAAUCACGACUUACUUCAACAGUGUAGGAUCGAAAAAGACGGAAAGGAUGAAGCCCUGCAAAGAUUGAGCCAUGUUGCUUCAAGUACACUACGAGAUAACAAUCCAAACAUUACUGAUCUUAGUGACCCGGACAGACCUACAAAGAUAGCCGAGAAAAUGUCAGAGUUAUAUGACAAUCAGUGGACAGAUGCAUUUGAUGCUUUGGAGAAGAAAUAUACAUCAGAUUUGGAGAUAAUCAGUGCACUUCUAGCAUCCUUGAUGACUGCAUACAAGGAGUGUUACAAACUUGCGAACGAUAACUUCUUUGAAACAGUCCAAAGUGCUAUAGAAUGUCCAAGAAAGGUUUUCAAACCAUCGCCUUUGAAAUUAGGGAUGUCGCAACAGUUAAUGAAAGAAAUAAAAGAAUUUCGAAAGUUACAGGCAUUGAAGGUGGUUGAUGAAAUUAAAGCGAUGAUUUUGCCGAGACUUCGUCUCCAUGAGUACCGGUCUGCGGACAUUAACUCAUAUCUUUCAAUGUGUAUUGAGAUUGGAUGGCUAAUGGUUGUACUAGACCCGCCUUUAGAACUUUUGGAGGAAGCCCCAGACAGAUUUGAUACAACCACAUUUAAGGACUACACAAGACGGGGACGCUAUACUGAAUUUGUUGUUUGGCCAGCAUUACUUCUACACAAGAAUGGUCCUCUUCUGGCAAAAGGAGUAGCCCAAGGUUCUGAUCAUUCUUUUAAAUCACAGAGUCUUGGAAGAAAACAAAAGAUAGAGAAACGGAAUGAAGCACAAAUGGUUAGCACGUAUACUGCACGAAGGGGCAAUAAGAGACCAGCAAUUCAAGGUUCUACGUUUCGAUCACCGGUUUACGAGGAUUCGGACAAAGUAACCCAUAUCUAAAGCAAUUACCUAAAUUAGAUUUCUAUAUUGAUUUUCAUAGCUUGUUCUAACUGAAAAGUGUAAUAUGUAAUUAUCUUAACCAUACGCUGUUAUUUUUACGGAUUUAAACUUUUCUGAAGUUAUUAUUUUUUAUAUAAAACAUUUACAUGUCAUUAACUGGACAAGCUAUCUGUCGCAGGUUAUACACGUUGAUAUACAUGUAUACAUACUAUUCAUAGGUUAUGAACUUGAUGCAUACCAUAAAGUCUUAUCCCAGGUGGUCUGAUAUAUCAUUUAUAGAUUAUGUAGUAGAUAUGACCAGUUGUAUACAAUGAGAUAAACAAAUUAUAUCAUUUUUACAAAAUGGUGGUCAGACACGCAUUGAGUAUACAUCAUGUACGUAUCUCUGAUAUUUUGAAUGACUUACAGAGACGAUGCAUGUCUAUUAUGAAGCUGUCUCAUUCGUGUUAGCACAACAUUUUUCU